AUGGCGAUCUUCGCAACCAUGGGAAACAGUUUAGUCUUGAUUGCCACCUGGAAGGAGAGAAGCCUUCAUGAGCCAAGCAAAUAUUUCGUUGCUUGCCUGGCUGUUGCUGAUCUUUCAGUCGGUUUGUUCGUGGCUCCGAUUCUGUCCUGUCAGAUCUUCAAUGAAAAAGAGAACAAUGAAAGAAUCAACUCUAUCCAUCUUUGCCGUUUUAUCAUUUGGGUCGAUUCAUUUGCUGCGACGGCAUCUAUUUACACACUGACGUUCAUCAGUUUCGACCGAUAUCUAAAAGUCAGCAGGCCACUUCAGUACAGAACAAGAAUGACAAAUUCAAAGUCAAGAAAUAUCAUCAGAACCAUCUGGUUCAUUGCAGCAAGCUAUGCGACAUUAAGUUUGUUUCCCUACGAAAAUUACUCGGGUAUCAUAUUAUAUCCCAGAUGUGGGUUAGUAAGUAAAGGUCUUCAUACAUUCACCGCAGUUAGUGCGUUUUUUGUUCCAACCAUAAUCAUAUUGGUCAUGCAAUCUCUCAUUUUUUUUGCUGCACACAAUCGACGCAAGAGGAUGCAAAAUGGUGAAUUGGGCCAGAUUUACACCAAGGACAGAGUGAAACGAAAAGAUUUUCAUCAAGAUCUUCGAGUCAUCCGCAUGUUCUACGCACAUUGCUUCAUUAUUUUGCGAAUAACACAUACACUUCCGAUAUUUAACUCCCUUUUAAACCCAAUCAUAUAUGCGUGUCUUGAUGUAACGUACAAGAAAGCUUUCAAACACCUGCUUCGGAGGAUAUGUCAACGAAAUGAUUUAUCCUCAGAAAUGGAAUACCCCAGAACAAAGUUAAAAGGCAUUAAGAAAGGAAUUCCUGUGAAACAGGCGGACAAUUCACGGUCUCCUUCCACCGAUUCUGGACUUUUGUAA